GUUCUACAUUCUGCUGCAAAUCGGGGAUUCGAAAGGCUGGGCGAAAAUGGCGACCUUCCUUCGGAGAGCGGUGCGGAUCGCAGGAAAUAUCGCCGUACAGCGCAACCUAAAGGUCAAGCAGGAUGCCUUGGGAGGCUGGAUUCAGCGCAGGAACUUGAACCUUCACGAGAACGUCAGCAUGCAGCUUCUCCAAGAAAACGGCGUCACUGUGCCCAAAUUCGGUGUCGCUUCCACACCUGAGGAGGCAGAGGAGAUCGCCCAGCGCCUAGGCACACCAGAUGUCGUGAUCAAGGCACUUGUGCUAGCCGGGGGUCGUGGCAAGGGGACCUUCGACAGUGGGCUCAAGGGGGGUGUCAAAAUGGCCUUUUCGCCCAGUGAAGCGAAGAAGUUUGCCAGCCAGAUGAUAGGCCAUGUCCUUCGCACCAAACAGACGGGCGAAAAGGGUAUUAAGGUGAACAAGGUCUUGGUCACCGAGCGCCUGUACAAUCGGCGCGAGUACUACUUCGCGCUGAUGAUGGAACGGGAAUACAAUGGCCCGGUGAUCGUGGCCUCAUCCCAGGGCGGUGUCAACAUUGAGGAAGUGGCCAAGGAAAACCCUGAGGCCAUACUCAAGCUGCCUAUCGACAUCACCAAGGGUGUGGACAAGGAGCGCACUGCCGAACUCGUCCGAGGCCUCGGCUUCCACCCGGCUGCAGUCGAGGGGGCAGUGACACUAAUAGAGAACUUGUACAAGGUGUUCCUCAAGUAUGACGCCACACUGGUUGAAAUCAACCCACUCAUCGAGGACAACAACAACAUAGUGUACUGCUUAGACGCCAAGUGCCGCUUUGACGACAAUGCGGCCUUCAGGCAAAAGGCGCUGUUUGACCUGCGUGAUUGGACCCAGCAGGACAUCCGUGAGAAGCAGGCCCAUGAGAGCAACCUCAACUACAUCGCCCUCGACGGGGACAUCGGCUGCCUCGUUAAUGGUGCUGGGUUGGCCAUGGCAACUAUGGACAUCAUCAAGCUUCACGGUGGCAGCCCAGCGAACUUCCUUGAUGUCGGAGGUGGUGCCACGGCCAAGCAGGUCACCGAGGCCUUCCGGCUCAUUACUUCCGAUCAGAAAGUGCAGGCCAUUCUGGUCAACAUCUUUGGUGGCAUAAUGCGGUGCGACAUUAUUGCUGAGGGUGUCAUUCAGGCAGCCGAGACGCUCGACUUGAAGAUCCCCAUUGUGGUCAGGCUACAAGGUACUCAGGUGGACGAAGCCAAGGCCCUGAUAGCCACCAGCAAGCUCAAGAUCCUGGCCUGUGACAACUUGGAUGAGGCAGCUAAGAUGGUGGUUCGCCUCUCGACCAUCGUGGGCCUGGCACGAUCUGCGUCGGUGGACGUCAAGUUUGAGCUGCCACUGUAGACUUGCAGGACCACCUCACCAAGUCCCUGCCAAAAGGGCAGGGCGCACACAGUGUCCCUCCCUGACUCCCAGCUGUAGCCAAGUGGCACUUUAAUGAAGUGCACAACUUCAUUCGAUGGUUUUUACCUCGCUACAGAAUAGUACUGCACCAUAAUACAAUGGGUGUAAACCCAACCGUGAUAAACGUAGUUCACAGCUGCUUCAAACAUUAAUCUCUUCGUUGAAUAAAGUGUACAUACUGUCCUAUAUGUCUAUCCUUCUACAAUGUAGUAGCUGCAAACAUAACUGCCCAGUAUGGUUUGGUAGCUGAAAACUUUUGUCAUGUUUUUAGACACUGGAUGUAAGGUGGUUCUGUGCCAUUAGGGCGAUUCAAUAGCAAACUCUGUUUGGAUAAAGCGAUAAAUGUUUUAGCAAGGAACGCCCUCAAACUCUUACUUCCAGUUCUACAUCUAAAAUUGGAAACUACCAUCAGCACGAAUUGGGAGAUAUGUGCACAACAACAUUUCGGUGUAAAAUAAAAGAAUGACACCUUUGGCUCU